UUUUUAGGUACUCUACUUCUGGCCACUCUAGACCAAUAUUGUUGUUUACGUUUUUAAGCAUUUCAAUUUGCGUAAAAAUGAUGCAAAGAUUUCCGGCGCAGGCGAUGGUGGAGAAUCCCCGCUACGGCCAACUGAUCAUUGGACCUCCUGGUUCCGGGAAGACCACCUAUUGCGCCGAGGCCUUAAAGUUCUACCGCGAACUGGGUCGCCAAGUGGGCGUCGUGAAUCUGGAUCCUGCCAACGAGAACAUGUCCUAUGAACCGGUGCUCAGUGUAAUGGAGCUAAUCACCGUCGAGGAUUGCAUGGAGCACCUGCAGCUGGGACCAAAUGGAUCCCUGAUGCACUGCGCGGAGUACCUGGCGGAUCACCUGGAGGAUUGGCUGCUGCCGGCAUUGCGAAAACUGGGCGCCACCCACAACUACUUCCUGUUCGAUUGUCCCGGGCAAAUUGAGCUCUACACUCAUCACAGCGCCAUGGCGCGGGUUUUCGAGAGAUUGGAACGGGAGCGUUAUAGCCUUGUCACCGUAAACCUCAUCGAUUCGCAUUACUGCUCCGAGCCGGCCAAAUUCAUUGCCACCCUGCUGAUGGCCCUGAAUACCAUGUUGCGGAUGAGUCUGCCCCACGUUAAUGUCCUUUCCAAGGCUGAUCUGUUGAGGAAACACGAGGCCAAGCUGCACUUUAAUGUGGACUACUACACGGACGUGCUGGACCUUAAAUAUCUCCUGGAUAAGCUAGACGAUGAUCCGGCCAUGCGAAAGCACCGCAAACUGAAUGCAGCCAUUUGCUCCAUGGUGGAGGACUACGCCCUGGUCUCGUUCCAACUGCUAGACGCCUUCAGCACGGACAGCAUGCUGCGCCUGCGCAACCACAUCGAUAAAGCCAACGGAUAUGUUUAUAAGGCGGGCGAGGAGCAGACGGUCAACUCACUGCUGGCAUGCGCCGUGGCAGCGGAAACGGAGGCAGCUCGCCAGCAGCAUGACAUUCAGCCUUACGUGGAUUAAACAUUUUCGGUUAAAUCGAAUAUGGACCUCGCCGUACAAGAGCCUGUGAUAAAACUCUCUGUAUUUGAAAGACAGCAUUGGGGGAAAAUGCAGGUGCCCAAGAUAUGCAAGCUGACUUUAAAAACCCGAUGCCUAAACCUAGCAGUUAAUCGGUUAUUAAAGAUUUUGAUUUACUUCCCAGAUGGCAAACAAUUUUAUAAAAUACAUAAAAGAAAUUUAAUAAAAUUGUUUUCUAUGAUUGGUUGAUUGUA